GAAGUCAACGGGUUGGUGGAAGGAAUGGAAAGGGUCGAGGUCGAUGGUGGUGGUGAUAAGAGGAAGGAUGCAGUGGAGGUACGAGUAGGUAGGAGGUGGAGGUUGAGAGAUACACGAGUACGUACGGUAGUAGUAGUGAACAGCAGUAGCAGCACCUCGCAGUUAAUGCUCGCGCUCGCAAAGUGUCUCAAGGCUGGUCUCAGGCCGACCCACGACCGUAUCGGGGGGCGGCUUAAGGGAAAGGAAGGGAAGGGAAGGCUGAGAAAGAAGCCCUGGCCAAGGACCGAUGGCCACAGAUUAUACCCAAGUCGAUCGGUAGCCCCAGAUGAAGCCCAGCAGUCCCUUGCCACAAGCCAGUAACAGCCCUUCAAAACAUCCAGUAGCGCAUGUAAAUCGCAGUAGUAUUACCAAGUACAGUAGUAUUACAGUAGUAAUAGGGACCAGAUUCCCAAUGGUGGUGGCGACAGACUGUAGGAAACUCCACCGACGGAUACGGAAUCGCGGGAGCCGGCCUAGAUUCUCAAUCAAUCAAUCCACCACACCUCGCAACUCAAAGAUGUCGAUGUCGAUGUCGAUGUCGAUGUUGCGGACUUUUGCAGAUUGCCGUUAUAUAUAUAUAACACGCGCACAGUCGCCGGUCGGGCGAGCAAAGUGUGUGUGUCUUUCAACAAGGACGAGACGGACGUCGCGUGUGUUCAGCGCUCUCUCUCUCUCUCUCUCUCUCUCUCUCUCUCUCUCUCUCUCUCUCUUCUGCUUUGGUGAGGUCUCGAGCGUCGCAGGAACAACAGAGUCUGAGACGGUGUCUUUAAAGGCCUCUUCUUACAUCUCUCUCGUGUACGUUGUCCUGCGCUGUCUGUGCUAUGCAUAUCCAUCCCUUCAGGCUUCAGCCCUGGCAUCCCCAAAUGAGAUCCGUCCCACAAUCGCGUCCUGCCUUACGAGCUGAACUGGCAUGGCAUUGAGAGAACCGCGCGGUACACAGUACUCCGUAGACAGAUAGAAUAAUACAUCGACGCUCAAUGCUACGUUCGCCCUCUCUGAUGUCCUCGUUCCCCUUUCCUUUUCCCCUUGCGCCCAAAGGCACCAUCCAAUCACCGCGUUUCACAGCCUCUCCGAGCGAGCGCGUAUCAUAAUUCUGAA